CCAGCGCUUAGAACAGUGCUCGGCACAUAGUAAGCGCUUAACAAAUACCAACAUUAUUAUAGGGCAACCAGGACAGAGCCCUGCAGGAAACACACAGUUAUUGGAUGAGAGGGAGGGAGAGGAUCCAGUGAAUUUAACACAGGCAAGAAGAGAAACAAGUGAGCACUAUAUUAGCAAAAUCAAGGUCAGGUAGCAUUUCAAGGAGGAGUGGUCAACAGUGUCAAAGGUGACCAAGAGGUCGAGGAGGAUUAGAACAGAGUGCAGGCUUUUGGACUUGGCUAUCUGGUGAUCAUUGACGACCUUGAAGAAUGCAGUUUCCGUGACAUGACGCUGGCAAAAGUUUGAUUAUAGUGGGCCAAGAAGGGAGUCUAUAGAGAGAAAGUGAAGGCAUUUGGGUGAACUCUUUCUCUUCAUAAAACCAUGCUUCUUGCUUCCUUGUUUCUUGCUUCCUUUUGAGAUGGUUGUAAAUCAGUUGUCUGAUCUUAUGUACUGGCAUCUUCCCAGCCAACGGUGGUAAGCUGGUAGGUCGGAAAUUACUAGGGGUUGCCUAUUUCCACACUUUAAAGAUAAGCAGUGUUUGCAACCUUCCAAUGAUCAGGGGUUUCUCGGCCCUUCAGGAACAUCUGCCAAUUCUAGGAACCGAGAGUAUUUAUUGAGCACUUACUGUGUAUAGAGCACUGUACUAAGCACUUGGAAGAGUACAAUAAAUAUAGGAGUCACCAUCCCUACCCACACGUUUCCUAAGAUGCAUAAAUUCAGGCCCUGCUGACUCAAAUACAUUCACCCCUAGCCACACCACAACUUCCUUUCAGGGUCUGCGGCCACAGCUGCCCUGCCUCAGUCCCUAUGGGUGCUUGUGGCAGAGUCAUGUAGGUGCCAAACAAGUAAUUUACUAGGAAAAAACCCCCCCGGCAACAUAUAAGCCAGUGGGGGGAAGGGGAGUAUAGAAAGGGAGAGAAGAGGGGAAACAAGUUUGCUAAUACCAAGUCCUAUGUUAAAUCUGAACUUUAAUGCCAGGCAUUCAAAAUGGUCCCAGCUUGCUAAUUGAUCUAAAAAGAACCCUAAAACCAGCAAUGAAACCUUUUGAAAACUUCAGCUAAAGGAAAAAAAAAAGAAAACUGCCAGUAAGAGCAUUUAGAAAUUCUUCAGCCAAUGCUUCUAGCAGGCCAAAUUAUUUCACUUCUGGGUCACAUUAUUCAUAAAAGCUUGCAAAUUCCUGCCUACAGACCUUCAAAAUAAUGUGUAAAGCCAUAGUCAGCAGCAGGUUCCAAGACCUGCCAAAUGGAAUUUUUGCAAUAAUAGAAUUCAUAGAAAGACAGAUGGGGAGUAGGAAAUGUUGCAGGGAAGAAUCCGGAAUGAGAUGAGAUCACAGCAUCAGCUCGUCCUUUGUGGACUUGGACAGUGAUCGUGGAGGCAGAUUGGAUUAGUGAAACGUCUUUCCCAGGAGUUCAGAGCAGUGCCCCUCUCGGCACGCUUCGGUGAGAGACGGCUGAAAAAUGCAUCAGAUAUACAGCUGCGGUGAUGAGAAUUUAGAAGUCUUCACCACCGUGAUUUCAUCCAAAGUUUCCAGUCCAUCCAGAAGAAAAGUUAAAAGUUCACAACACAUCUUGACCAAAAGCGUAGUGGCCAUGCCUGAUUAUCACGGCCCUGGGACCAUGGAGCUGCUGCCCUACCCUGACGAUCAUGUCCAUGCCUUGAGGAGAGACGAGGAUGGACGGCGGUUUGGUCGCCUGCAGAAUGGGUCUCAAGGCUUCCUCUCUGCCAAAUGUCCUUCCAGGCAUGUGGGAAUUUCUGAAUCAAAAUCCUCAACUCUCUGUGGGAAUCAGGUGCGAGCAAAGUUUUUGGUCUCCCAGGCACCUCCUUCUGGCACUCGGAUAAUCUUAAACCACCCGGCCACCCCAGCAUCAGCAACAGAACCUAGAAGGGCUUCCCAGAAGGUUCCUGAAGAUGACUCAACUCUUCUCCCAGGAGCAGAGGCCUCCUUACCCCUGACGGGCAGCACCUCCUGUGGCACUCCCGGCCUUCUGCGAAAAAUGUGGAUGAAGCACAAGAAGAAGUCAGAGUACCUGGGGGCCACAAACAAUGCAUUUGAGGCAGACUGACAGUGACCCUGUUGUGACCCAGGGACUUUGGGCAAUGGUAGUUGCUUUAGGAUUUGCCUUGAGACCCACCCAGUGGUGAUUCCAGGACUGAAUACUAUCCCUCUUGAACAGAACAUCUGCCUCCACUGGAGAAACAAGAAAUUAACCCUCCAGAAGGCAAGGUUAACCUGAACUUCACAAGACUAAAAGGGCCCUCGGGAAAACAUUCAUGAUAUCCUCUCCCUGUCUCCAAACCAGGCUAAACCUAAACCAACCAGGGGACCCAGUUUCAACAUUCCUGGUUCCACUGUUUGCAUAAAGGUUUGGGAAUAGAAAGCCUAGGCGGCUCAUCAUGGUCUCUCAAUGGGUCACCAUAUUCACCAUUGAAUUCAUUUCUCCGAAUAAAUUCAGAAUAUGUAAUAAGAAAAGAUCUGAAAA